UCCUCCUCGCGCCCCUCCUCGACAUCCCUCUCGGUAAACGGUACAAUCAUACCAUACCGAUCAGGACCCAGCUGCUGCUGCUUCUGCUUCUUGUUGUGUUGGCCCCACUGCCGAGAUCGGCAGCAGAAGCAGCCGUCGGCCUGGUCCUCGCUAGCUCCUGUCGACCGCUUGAUCCGAGGGGAUCGAUCCAAGGCGCGCGUGGUGGCGGCAGCGAUGAGUUCGCUCAGCAUGGUGGAGGCGAGGCUGCCGCCGGGGUUCAGGUUCCACCCGCGGGACGACGAGCUCGUGCUCGACUACCUGUCCAGGAAGCUCGGCGGCGGCGCCGGACCGGCGGUGGCGAGCAUCUACGGCUGCCCCGCCAUGGUCGACGUCGACCUCAACAAGACCGAGCCCUGGGACCUCCCCGAAAUUGCGUGCAUUGGCGGCAAGGAGUGGUACUUCUACAGCUUAAGGGACAAGAAAUACGCUACAGGGCAGAGAACAAAUAGAGCAACUGAAUCAGGCUACUGGAAGGCCACCGGGAAAGACCGCCUGAUAAGCCGGAAAGGGUUGCUAGUUGGCAUGAGAAAAACCCUGGUGUUCUACGAAGGCAGAGCCCCUAAAGGGAAGAAGACUGAGUGGGUCAUGCACGAAUUCCGCAAGGAAGGGCAAGGCGAUCAUAUGAAGUUGCCAUUGAAGGAGGACUGGGUCUUGUGUAGGGUUUUCUAUAAGACCAGGACAACCAUUGCUAAGCCACCCACAGGGAGCAGCUACAAGAUUGACAGUGCAGUCGCAACCUCACUGCCUCCUCUCAUUGACAACUACAUUGCCUUUGACCAUCCUGGAAUGUUGCAAAACCUAGAGGGUUAUGAGCAAGUGCCCUGCUUCUCCAAUAAUCCCUCCUCACACCCGUCAUCGUCGACCUCGAUGAGUAUCCCGGGGAUGGCGCCCAUGGCUGCUGAUCAGGAGCAGCAGCACAUGGGGAAGGCGAUCAAGGACGUGCUGAGCCAGCUCAGCAGGUUUGAGCAAGGCAACGUGAAGAGGGAGGCGCCUACCCAGGGUGGUGUGUUUGCUCAAGAUGGGUUCGAGUACUUAGCUGAGAGUGGCUUCUCACAGAUGUGGAACACGCUCAGUUGAUUUUCUAGCUAUGGAUAUUAUUGCUACCAUUUACAACUCUAGAUUUUCUCGCAAGCAGUCUCCUGCAUGUCUGGGCAAUCAGCCAAACGCAACAAAAUAUUAUCUAUCAGAACUGAUGGCGCUCGGCAUCUGGUCAUGAAAAUGAGGAGGCGGCGAUUCCUGCCGCUGCUUGCACCUGCAAUUACAUGGAGUACGUCUACUUGCUGUCACCAUGCAUCUCCAAGAUAACAAUUCUGCAACUGGAGACGGUGCCCACGCACACAGUUUCAGGAUCUCGAUGUAUGGUAAAAACUUUACGUUGCCGCAGCUAGCCUUCAAUGGAGAUCGCGUCGUAGGGCAAGUGGGCAACUUGCGCCAUCAUCAUUCAUCAAAGAGGAAGGUCUACUCAUCUAUGCUAGCAACAUUAGGUCGAAUCGUGUAUAUUGUGAUGUAGGACCCGUAUGUUAGAAUUCUGUGAGGGGAAAUUUCGCUGCAUAUUAUUCAAAAAGCAA